UCGCUGAAUCAGUUUUCUCAAGAGCAAACAACUAACUUUCGGGAGGCAUUCAGCCUGUUUGACAAAGAUGGCGACGGAUAUUUGUCCUCGAGUGAAGUUGGUGUGAUCAUCAGAUCCUUAGGCGGUGUAGUCACGGAAGAUGAGCUCCAAAAGAUGCAGGCACAGUUUGAUCACAAAAAUGGCCAGGUGGAUUUCGCCAAUUUCUUGACACUGAUGGCAACAAUAAUGAACAAAGACAAUUCUCCUGAUCAUCUACUGAAAGCAUUCCAGGUUUUUGACAGCGAAAAGAAAGGAUACAUAACCGCCGGUGAAUUGCGUCAUCUCAUGAUGACUUUGGGAGAUAAGUUGACCGAAGAAGACGUGGACGAAAUGAUCAAAGAGGCAGACAGCAAUGGCACUGGACAAGUCAAUUAUAUAG